UCCAGUCUCUAUCGGCUUUUCUGCUCUAACAUUCCCGGUCUGAUCCUCACCAGCUCCUACCUUUAUAUAAGCCUGCUAUCCUUCCGAUCUCCACAUCCAACUUCAAGUUCCAACGAGCUCAAACAAAGAUCUCAAUUCCACCACACCACACGGACAAACGCAAAGAUUCUCAAUGGGAGCGAAGCUUUCUUCCUGUUUCAACCACCGAGGCAGCCUCUCGCAGCAGCAGGCCGCGUCUCCGGCGCCGGUCAGGAUCAUCGCCGCCGACGGCUCGCUAAAGGAGCUCCCGGCCGGCCACCGCGUCUCCGUCUCCGACGUUCUCGGCAGUGGCGACACCGCUUCCUCCUUCUUCCUCUGCAGUUCUAACGCGCUCUACUUCGACCAGAGCCCUCCGGCUCUGGCCUCCGGCGAGCUGCUCCAGCCGGGGCAGAUCUACUUCGUGCUACCGGCAGCAGCGCUCGGGCGGCCGCUCUCGAGCGCGGACAUGGCCGCGCUGGCCGUGCGCGCGAGUGCGGCGCUCGCGGCCAAGAGGCCCCAGCGGCGCCACGGCGGCAAGAAGAAGCUCCUCAAAGUGCGCGUGGUGCCGGUGCACGAGGAGCUUGUGACUGGCGGCGAGGACGGUCUGUUCAACGAGAAGCUUAACGAGCUGACGCUAGGGGAGUUCGCGGCCGGGUCGCUGAUUCCGGCGAAGGGGCAUGAGAAGCUCGCCGCGGCGCGGUCGCGGCUGAAGCGGGCUCUGAGCAUUAUUCAAGAGGAUGCAGAAUGAAGCGUUUCUGAAAGAUAGAUAGUGUUCUUUUUUUUUCCUUUAUAGAAGCAGUUUUUGCGAGGCUGGAGAUUAAAUAUUCAAUUGGUUUUAGGGAUUUAGGUGAGAAAGAGAAUGAACUCUGGGAAAGAGGAUGUAAAUAUCUUCCCAUGUACAGGACUGCAAGAAAUCGAAAUCCUGAUUCUUGAGUGGUUAUGUUCUUGAGUUUAACAUGUCUGUCCAA